AUCACCUCAACUUGUGAUAAUUUUUUUGUAUUAUUUUUGCUUUAAUGUCAAAUCUGAAGUGAGGAAGAAGUGUGCUUAUGAUCUUGAUGUGUCUGUGAAAUUCUGUAGUGUUUUCCUUGUGCGAGGUGCCUGACUUCAAUUCCGUUGACAUUAAUAUCUGAAUGAUGUCUAGUACUAUAUAAGACAAAGAUUUACAUGGAUAGCAACCGGUCUUCAAACUAUCCUCGCCUUUUACAAAAUCCUUCCGGACCAAAUACAAACAACUAUGGAUCUGUAAAUGGUCAAUAUACUUCAGAAAUUGAACCGUCCAUCAUGGAAGGCAUAUCUUUUGAUGGGAAAAUUUCCAUUGCUAGAAGAUUUUUUAUACUUUUGACCAUAUUUGAUGUGUUGUUCACGUUUCUUGUUUGGAUCAUAUGUACAGUGAUUUCUAAGGAAGACACCAUUGCAACUGCUUUUAGGAAUGAAGUUAUCAAUUAUACUAUUGAGUCAUCUAUGUUUGAUGUUGUGAUUUUAGCUGUAGCCAGAUUGUUCCUCAUAGUACUGUUCUAUGUGUUUAUCAGACUAUCUCACUGGUCGGUUGUUGCUGUAACUACAGCAGGCACAACAGGUUUCAUCAUUGCAAAAGUAUUUUUGUACAAAUUUGCUCAUUCCAAUAGUACUGCUUCAAUAGUGCUGUUACUAUGCUCAUUUGUAUUGUCUUGGGGAGAAGCAUGGUUUUUAGACUUCAGAGUUCUUCCAAGUGAAUCUAAAGCCUUAUCAUUCUUAG